AUGGAAAGAUUUUUUACACCAGUGCUUGCUUCUUCUGAGGAUGAGGUCAAAAUUCAUAAACAAUUCCAACCCGUAUCUCAUCGGCAUGCUCACAACUACCUUUACCACCAUGGAUCAAACAGUCACAGCUCUUCAAGCAGUCAUGAGAAACAUGGUGACCAUCACCAUGACAACCAGCAUCAUCCUGAUCAUCACAGAUACAGCAAAGUGGCCGAAGACCAUCUCGGCUUCACUAAAACAUCUUCUUCCAGCCUGUCUUCCUCCUCUUCCCCUACUUCAUCUGCCUCCUGGACGUCCGAGCCCAGUGUAGAUGACGAAACGUAUCUCAUGUACAAUAAACGCCAACAUUCCCUGUCCUGCUCCAACAUCUCCGAGGUUCAACAGAAAAUUCGUGAGGAUUUUGCUUUUGAUGACAGAGAUCCAUUACAUUCUCAAAAUCAGCAGCAGCGCCACAGUCUAGCAAACUCUGACCAACUCAUCCCUAGUUCUCAACAUGGACACAGGGCACCAAAACUCUACCGGGAUCACAGCAAAAGUGAAGAAGGCAUCCAGCAAAAUAAGCGCAGAGAGUCUCAUUCAAUGGAGCAUGAAACCCUGUACAAGACCGCAAGCCUUGCUUUUGAUGGCAAUGUUGAAAACACUCAAGGAGGCAUAGGGGCACCUAAAAAGGCUGUAUCAUCUAUUCAGCUGCCCAGCAAAAGUAUUCUUAAAAACAAGGAUGAACACCAGAAUAAAAGUCCUGUCAGGAAGUCUAAGUCUAUGGAAGUGCUCUCCACCACAGUGCAUGUUACACAGACAUCCCAGCAGAGCUCCACUGCAAAAGUAAAAAAUAAUGACGUAAAAGGGAAGAUUCAGUUCUCUGCGUUUUUGGAUGAGAUCACCAGACAGGUUAUCAGUCCCUCAACACUUAGCUCUCUUGGUGUAACCGCACCAACCCCUCCAAAAUCUCUCAAAGAAGAACCUAAGCAGUGUGCCGACAAGUUGAAGCGCAAGAGCUCUGCCACAUUACCAAAACAGCACCCUGUCAGAGCUGAGAGACCCGAUUUAGGAAAGACUGCUGUCGAUUCCAGCACAGGUGCUCGAUUACAUAAAAAACCUCAUUUGGGCAAACAGCACCAGAACUUUACAGGUCCUCCGACCCCACCACCCCGGCACCUGUCUAAAGCUGAAAGACGUGCCACCUCAGAUAAACAGCAUUAUAGGCAAUAUUCUCAGCUGCUCACUGAUGGUACCAGCACCAGCCCGGAGCCGAACCGAAUCCAACUCUUAAAACACAAACAACGGCAUCAAAGUAGUCAAGGCCCAGCACGGCAUCUCCAUAGUAAGCAGGAGCACAAGGACUCAUCUGUUCCUCUUCUUCGAUCCCCAGGUCAAGGGUCAUCAACAAGUGCCAGCUCAGAUAAAAGUGACAAGUCCAAACACAUGGGACACAGAAAGCACUUCAGAACACACAGGGAUUCGACCAGUGCUGUGGACACAGUUCAGGUGCUGGAGGAGUACAACAGAGAGUUGCACGAAAACCUGUUGCAGAUGGUGUCAUGUAUCGAGAACAUGGAAGCAGAAUUGCACUGUACCAAAACAGAGCUAGCAAACUUUAAAGAGAAAUACAGAAGGCUUCAGGAGAGCUAUUCUGUUUCUCAGCAGUCAAACAGCAUCCUGGAGCAAAAACUAAAAUCCAUGGUGGACAGUUUGGAUUCAGAAAGGAAGUUCCUCAUGGAGAGAGUUGUGGAUUUGAGUGAUCAGCUGGAUGCUGCUCAGAAGACCAUCAGCUCUCUGGAAAAUAUCAACGUAGGUGCAACGAGUGGAGAGAUACAACAUAAACAGUUGCCCAAAUAA